AUGGAGCCGCGGACCGAGCGGCGGGCCGAGCCCCGCGCAGGGCCCGAGGCGGAGGCGGAGGCGGUGGAGGUGGAGGUUCCCGCCGGGCCGGUGCUGAGCGCCGCGGAGCUGUUGGCGAGCCGGGCCCGGCAUCGGGAUCGGGAUCGGGAUCGGGAUCGGGCCGGGGAUGGGGCCCGCGGCCAGAAGGACUUCCUCCCGGACGGGUCGGAGGCGCAGGGCGAGCGGCUGCGGCGCUGCCGGGCCCAGCACUGGAGGCUCCUGGCCCAGCACACGGUGCAGCGCCUGGGCAGUUUGGUGAUGGCCGAGUGGAGGCCCGAAGAGGAUGUGGUGGAGCUGAAGUCGGCCGCCGGUAAAUUCUGGCAGACCAUGGGUUUCUCGGAACAGGGCCGCCAGCGUCUGCACCCCGAAGAGGCCUUGUACUUGCUGGAAUGUGGCUCCAUCCAGUUGUUCUACAGGGACCUGCCCCUGUCCAUCCAGGAAGCCUACGAGACCCUGCUGGCCCCUGGGCCAGCAAGCUUCUUGCAAUACCAGGUUUUUAGCCACCUGAAGAGACUGGGCUUCGUGGUGCGGCGAUUCCAACCCAGUGCCGCCCUGUCCCCCUACGAGAGGCAGCUGAACCUGGGCGGAGGCGGCCAGAGUUCGGAGAAGCAGCGAAGCAAGAGGAAGAGGAGGAGGAGCUCCAGCCCUCAGUCAGACGGCAGGAAUCCCCAGGCCGUUGGCAUCCUUUGCCCCAAAGUGGCUGGGACCCCCGCUGAAGUCCUUGAGGAAACGACGGCUCCACGCCCGGAUGGUGCCAGCCCCGGGCAGAGCUGCCCUCAGGCAGAAAAGGAGAAGGGCGGGGACCCCCGGGAGACCUGUGGGGAGGGACCGAGGGGUCUCUCCCAACCCCGUGAGCCCCAAGGGCCGACGCCAGGGGACCGUGCUGGGGAGGACGCCUGCCCACCGAGCGGGCGCUUCCGGCAGAUCCCCUUCCCGAACGUGGCUCCGGACUGCGCCCGCGCCCUCCUGCCGGCCCCCGCCUCGGAGCUGCUGCCCCCGCGCGUGGCUGGGCGUGAGGUGGACGUGGGCCCCUGGCGCCAGCGGCUGAACCAGCGGGAGGACAAGGGCUCCCGGCGGGAACGGCGGGAGCCGGCCGGCUGCUUCCGGAGCAGCGUCAACGCGGACCCUGAGGUGCGGCGCUGUCCCGGCUGGCGGGACUAUAAGGCGCUGCUGCUGCGGAGGCAGCAGCUGCAGGCUGACCAGAGCCGUCCGCCUCACCUGUGGGAGCAGCCCAUCACCCCUCUUUCGGAGCCAGGACGGGCAACCACCCCAGAAGCCGUCCUCCAGCAGAUCGCUGUGCUGCGGCCCUCUCGCCUUGCUGACGGAGCAGCCCGGCUGGACAGCCCGCGGGACCUGGCGAUCAGCUUUGACGUCUACCAGGCGGACGCCGUGGCCGGCUUCCGGAAGAACUCCCCAGGCCUGCCCUACGCUAGGAUGUGUGUCUGCAGCUUUGACGAGGCCCUCCCAGACCUGCGCGCCAUCAAGCAGCUGUCUUACCAGAGCGGGAAUGUGCCCUUGGUGUUCGCCGUGGUGGAGCACGGAGAAAUCGCCUUCUACAGCUUCCGGGACUUCGCGCUGCCCACAGACCUGGCCCACUGACCGGACAGCCUUCCCGACUCACCGAGGGCCCCGCCAAACGGGAUGCCUGUGCUCUGCCGGGGACCUUGCACCCAGGACAGCGCGGGAGAGGGUUGCCCAGGACCACCAUUCUCCCUGGGCUUUGCUGCAGUGGACCCUGCCCACCGUUGCCCAGCGGGGGACUUUAACCCCUGCUCACCCAGGACCUUCCAUUAGACUGGUGGCAUGAGUCCUGGAGAGGGCUGCUUUGGGUCAGGGAGGAGAUUAAAGCCACGAAACCACUUUCA